AUGUCUGCAGAGCCGGAUCACACUCACGACAAGAAGAGGGUCAACCUUCAGGAUCCCUCGGGCGCCGAGAAGAAAGAAGAGCUCGACACCGCGACUGCUAUUCUCAAGAAGAAAAAGAAGCCCAACUCUUUGAUCGUUACCGAUGCCGUCAACGAUGACAACUCCGUUAUUGCCCUAUCCAACAACACCAUGGAGACUCUCCAGCUCUUCCGUGGUGACACAGUCCUGGUCAAGGGUAAGAAGCGCAAGGAUACUGUGCUGAUUGUCCUGGCCGAUGACGACCUCGAUGAUGGUAGCGCCCGCAUCAACCGCGUUGUCCGACACAACCUCCGUGUCAAGCACGGCGACGUUAUUACCGUUCACCCUUGCCCUGAUAUCAAAUAUGCUAAGCGCAUUGCCGUCCUUCCCAUCGCCGAUACCAUUGAGGGUCUGACCGGAUCCAUUUUCGAUGUCUUCCUCGCCCCCUACUUCCGUGAGGCCUACCGACCGGUGCGCCAAGGAGACCUCUUCACCGUGCGUGGAGGUAUGCGCCAAGUCGAGUUUAAGGUCGUUGAGGUGGACCCCCCAGAGUACGGCAUCGUUGCACAGGACACAAUUAUCCACUGCGAGGGUGAGCCCAUCCAACGAGAGGAUGAGGAGGGUAACCUCAGUGAGGUCGGUUAUGACGACAUUGGUGGCUGUCGCAAACAGAUGGCACAAAUUCGUGAGCUCGUUGAGCUGCCUCUUCGCCACCCUCAGCUUUUCCAGACUCUGGGUGUCAAGGCGCCUCGUGGUAUCCUCAUGUAUGGACCUCCUGGUACCGGUAAGACUCUUAUGGCCCGUGCGGUUGCGAACGAGACCGGAGCAUUCUUCUUCUUAAUAAACGGACCUGAGAUCAUGUCCAAAAUGGCUGGCGAGUCUGAGUCCAACCUGCGCAAGGCCUUUGAGGAGGCUGAGAAGAACUCGCCUGCUAUCAUCUUCAUUGAUGAGAUCGACUCUAUUGCCCCCAAGCGUGAGAAGACCAACGGCGAGGUUGAACGUCGCGUUGUCUCUCAGCUUUUGACCCUCAUGGACGGCAUGAAGUCUCGUUCUAACGUUGUGGUGAUGGCUGCCACUAACCGCCCUAACUCCAUUGAUCCUGCUCUCCGUCGUUUCGGUCGUUUCGAUCGUGAGGUUGAUAUCGGUAUUCCUGACCCAACUGGUCGUCUCGAGAUCCUGCAGAUUCACACCAAGAACAUGAAGCUCGGUGAUGAUGUUGACCUUGAGUCCCUCGCCGCUGAGACCCACGGUUACGUCGGUUCCGAUUUAGCCUCCCUCUGUUCCGAGGCUGCCAUGCAGCAGAUUCGUGAGAAGAUGGAUCUCAUUGAUCUUGACGAAGACACUAUUGAUGCCGAGGUUCUUGACUCCCUCGGUGUCACCAUGGAUAACUUCCGCUACUCUCUCGGUGUCUCCAACCCGUCCGCCCUCCGCGAGGUUGCCGUGGUCGAGGUUCCCAACGUUCGUUGGGACGACAUUGGUGGUCUGGAGGAGGUCAAGCGCGAACUUAUCGAGAGCGUGCAGUACCCUGUGGACCACCCCGAGAUGUUCACUAAAUUCGGUCUCAGCCCUUCAAGGGGUGUUCUCUUCUAUGGACCUCCGGGUACUGGUAAGACCAUGUUGGCCAAGGCCGUCGCCAACGAGUGUGCUGCCAACUUCAUCUCCAUCAAGGGUCCUGAGUUGCUGAGCAUGUGGUUCGGUGAGUCGGAAAGCAACAUCCGUGACAUCUUUGACAAGGCCCGUGCUGCCGCUCCUUGCGUCGUGUUCCUUGACGAGUUGGACUCCAUUGCCAAGUCCCGUGGUGGUUCUGUCGGUGAUGCCGGUGGUGCCUCUGACCGUGUUGUCAACCAGCUUCUGACUGAGAUGGAUGGCAUGACCUCCAAGAAGAAUGUCUUCGUUAUCGGUGCCACUAACCGUCCUGAGCAACUGGAUGCUGCCCUUGUCCGUCCCGGUCGUCUUGACACCCUUGUCUACGUUCCUCUUCCCGACCAGGAGUCCCGUGCUGGCAUCCUCAAGGCCCAGCUUCGUAAGACCCCUGUUGCCGGAGAUGUCGAUCUGGACUUUAUUGCCAGCAAGACCCACGGUUUCUCCGGUGCCGAUCUUGGCUUCGUGACCCAGCGUGCCGUCAAGCUCGCCAUUAAGGAGGCCAUCACCGCUGAUAUCGAGCGCAUUAAGGCCCGCGAGGCUGCUGGCGAGGAUGUCACCAUGGACGAUGAUGAGAACAUGGAGGAUACCGUGUCUGAGCUCACAAAGGCGCACUUCGAGGAGGCCAUGAAGUCUGCUCGUCGCUCCGUCAGCGAUGUUGAGAUUCGCCGCUACGAGGCUUUUGCCCAGAGCCUUAAGAACUCUGGAGGCAGCAGCUUCUUCCGCUUCCCUGAGGCCGGGGAGGUCCAGAACAACGACACGUUCGGCGAAGCCGGCAAUGAUGAUAGCCUCUACGACUAA